UAGCUCUCGCCUCGCAUGGGGAGGACGCGUUCGCGCUCGAUCACAUAUUGUCAACCUUCAUGUAUCGCUAAUAUCACAUAAUAAUGAAUGCGAGGGAGUAUAGAGAGAAGUUAAUUGAUGAAGUAAAAAAAUAUCCGGUGUUGUACGACACGAACCACGAGAACCAUCGCGAUAUUGAUGUCAGAGACCGCUGCUGGCAGGAAAUAUCUGAGCGCCUCGGAGCUAACAGUGAAGUCCUAAAACGCGAAUGGAAGAUCCUUCGUGACUCUCUCCGCCAGUCCCUCAAGAAGAGUGACAAGGGCGUCACAACCAAAGCCGGUUUGCCCUGCAAGAAAUGGCGGUUCCAGAACCGAAUGUCCUUUGUUCUACCCUAUAUGACCAUAAGGCCGAAUCGCCGUUCAUUGAGAAGAGAUAUCAAAAUGGAUGACACGGAAGCUCAAUCUGAUCAGGAUCAAGAAUCGGAAGUGUGGGACCCGGGUAACCACGACCAGGACUCUUUGGAUUUGUACUUCGCCAGCGUCUGCCAAAGCACUAAAAGGCUACCAAAGAAAUACCAGAAUAUGAUCAAAAAACAAGUCCUAGACAUCCUACUGAGGGUCGAAGAGCAGGUCGAGGCAGAAUCUGGAGAGUCAAAGAUGUCAGUGUACAAGAACACGUAAUAAUUUUCCGAAUCAAUCCUUAUGAUGCGCCAAAAUACCAUAAAUAUAAGUAAGUCCCAUAAGUAUAGUGAAAGUGUAGUUAUCCCAGGUGUAAGAUACUAUAAUUUCGAAAAGCUAUUUGAUAAGUUUAGAAGAAAAACUGACAUUAUUAUACAUAGAUCUCUUGUAUUGAUGUGCAGUAACUUUCGAAGUGUUUAGUGCUGCGUGACGGUGUCUUUCCAACUUGUACUGUUUUUUUACUAAUUGUCUUUAGUUCGCAGAUGGAAGAUUUGUCUUUUUCAAGUCAAAUAUUAGAAGAUAUUCAAGCAUGUAUGUAUAUUCGAUUAAACUGAAUUAAAAGUAUCACUCUAUGUCUCUUUUAGGAGGACAUUAUUUCAAAUAAAAAUACAAAAUAGUUAA